GUAUCGCGACACACCAAACCUCCGACCCUCCUCACCGACCCAUCGUUGUCACGCCACAUCUUGUGCACUCGCCCCGCAUUCAAUGUGAAGGUCCGCGCGCUGUGGUCUAAUUCUCGCGUCUCCCGUGUCGCAGCUCGAAGAACUAUCAGCCUUUUCUUUUUUUCCUGUGGAGCUCAACAGCACGUCACCGCGCUUGAUGCCAGAGCCGCAGGAGCGAUCACCCGAAGUCGUGGCUGCUGAUCUAAGUCCCCUUUCUCCGAUUCCGGUUUCCACCAAAAACACCAUUCAGAACUCGGUAGUCCCCAGGCUGCAAAGCCAAGCAGCCUCUGCUGACGAGGCCGCCUCGACUGCCAUCGUUCCCCCGCCAUCACUUGCUCCUCGCCCGUUCGCAAUGGAUCCGAACCCGGAGACGGCCGAGAUCUCCGACACCAUAGUAGUUGGUGGAGAUUACUCCGAGGAGUCUCACGACGAGAGCGACCAGAGCAUUUAUGGCGAGGGCGAAGAAGGGCAGGAGCAGGGACAGGAAGAAGUCGAACCAGAUGCUGCCAACGAUGACUAUGCCAGAACCUUUGAUUCACCCGCAGCGAAUGAGCUUCAGAGUGAGGCUGAGGAGGCUCAGCCAGAUGUAUCAAUGGCCUCAGAAUCCAUGACUAGCCCAUCUGCGCCUGACCCCUUGACCGGCCAGUCCCCAGCUGCCGCUGCCCCAUCGUCUGACCAUCCGUCGCCUCCUCUCCCGCCGGCCUUGCCGCAGACCAACGGUUCAGCCCAGGCUCCCGGCACGGGCACUUCCGCCCCAGCGGAGCAGUCCCAGAUUCCCGGAACUUCCCACUCGGAGCCUCCUCCCUCUUCUGCGCCGAACGCCAGCCCAUCAUCGUCAUCACCGUCCAAGGCGCCUGCCACAGCCUUCGGCAGCGCGGCCCCCGAGGAGCAAGUCCCAGCCGCCUCCGCCCCCCAAGCAGCCUCGCCUACUGCGCCGGCGGGUCCGGCUCCUGAACCGGCAGAUGAAGGUGAUCUCGCUCCCGGAAUUGAUAUCCAAAAGCUGGUAGACGACAUCACUGCAAAGGCGACCGCCACAACCUCACCGCCCAGCGCGCCGGCACAGGCCGCCCCUGUUACCACACAAGCCGCUCCUGUUACCGCGCAAGCCGCUCCGGCUGCCCCGUUUGUCUCUCACCCUCCCUCACUGCCCCCUAAGCCUUCUCUUCCCAACCCACCCGCCAGUUUGCCCGCCAUCCCUCAGUUCCGUUCCCGAGGCCCUCAUGCUCCUGCAAGCCCGGCAGUGCCAUUGAACAUUGCCAGUCCCAUCGCACAGCAUGGCGCGUACGUUGCAAAUGAGGGUAUUUCAUCCCUCCCCCCGCCGCCACCAGGGCCGUUCAGCGGCGGCCCGUCUCACCCCCAUGCCCAUCACAUGCCCCUCAGCGGAGACGCAGUUUCGUCAAACUACCAUGCCAUGCCCAUCAAACAACGAUGGGAGCAGUUCCAGGCCGACGAGAAGCGGUACACAUCCGAGGCGAGGUGGGAGAGAUUCCCCGAGGGGUCCCGCAUCUUCAUCGGCAAUCUGUCAAGCGAAAGGGUCUCGAAACGGGAAGUCUUUGACGUGUUCCAUGUAUUCGGCCGGCUAGCGCAGAUCUCCCUGAAGAACGCCUAUGGAUUCGUGCAAUACCACACCGUGGCUGAGGGCCAAGCUGCCAUGCAGGGCGCUCAGGGAAUCGAGCUUGGCGGGCGUAGAAUACAUCUCGAGAUCUCGCGCGCCCAAAAGAAGAAGGAUGAAAGAGACCGGUCUCCCGAUCGCCGAGCCGCGCGGGAUGUCCGCGGCGCAAAUGGCCGGUACGACAUGGGAGAGCACGGCCGGAGACGCGAUGAUUAUCGGCCGGGGCGUUCCCCAUCGCCACGCCGGAGUGACAUCCGUGGUGGCCGCGACGGCCCGUAUGCUAGAGACCGCGAUUUCGGCGGCCCUCAUGCGCGCCGGCGGUCCCGGUCGCCUGCGCGGUACGGCCGCUACGGUGACGAGUCGUACAGGCGCCGGAGCCCCAGCCCCCACCGUCGUGUCCCUUCUGAAAGCGACCGGUUUGAUCUGCCGCGGCGGUUCGGGUCCGACGUCCCCGACGUUCAAAUCCUCCUUCUCCAGGAGGUCUCGCGAGACUUUGUCGGCUGGGUCCAGGGAGCGUUCCAUACCAGAGGCCUCAAGACCGACGUCAUGUACCUCAACCCUCGGUUUCCCCGCGAUACAGUAGUGCAGCGCCAAGUCGUCGAAGGCGUCCUUGCCAUCGUCGACCUCGACUACACGGCACAAUCGCAGGGCAAGAUUCCCAUCCAGGUCUUCAUCCGGUCCGGGGGCAGCAGCGUCCGCUUCGAGCUCUACCAGGGCGUGGACCCGCCGGUGGCGGCAGAGCUCGUGAUGAGGGAGAAAUCCCAGCACGGCGUGCAGCUCGCCCAAUCCCACCCGCCUUAUGUGCCCAACGGCUACGGCCAGCAGCCGCGUUACCCGACAGAGGCUGCGCCAGCGGGCUAUCCGUACCAGUACCCGCCACAGUCCGUUGCCCCUGCACAACCGCAGGCGGCACCUCCUCCGGCAGCUGACCUCGCAAGCGUGGUCGGCCAGCUCGACAACUCGGCUCUCCAGGCGCUCUUGGCAUCUCUCCAGAACCCGCAGGCCAGCACCGCCGCCCAUGCCCCCCAUUCCGCGGUCCCACCCGCGAGCGCGCAACCGCAGGCUGCGCAGAUCGACAUGAACGCCCUCUUUGGCAACCUCCGGAGCGUAGCCGCCGCCGCGCCGCCGGCCCCGGUCCCGGGUGCUCCCGCGCCGGGCGUUCCCAGCUACGGAGCGGCGCCGCCGUACGCGCCGCCAGCUGCGCCGGCUGCGGCUGUUCCCGGCGGUGGGUACGGUGGCGGAGUGGAUGCCGCGCACGUCCAGACGAUUCUGGAGCAGCUGAAUCGGCCGGCGUAGGAGAGCCACAUUAGCUGGCCAGGCGGCCGAUUUGGCGGAUAAGAGCCGAGGGAGAGCGCUCUUGGCGCGCUGCUUGUUCUGUGUGAUGCAUUCUCGCGCCCCCACCCCGCAUCUUUGUGGAUGUCAGCAACCAUAUUUAUUGA